AAACGUCCUCCUUCAAUGAGCCGGUGCUGCAGGAACAGUUGGAAAAGCUCAACAGGCAGAACACUGAGCAUUCCCAUGGAAAAGCAGAGGCCGACAACCAGAGGGGGGAGGGGGGAGGAAGUGGAGGGAAAAGACAGGAGUCGGCAGAGCCGAUCCUGAACGGACAAUUCACCGCUGAGGCCGAGUCAGAGGACAGGAAGAAGGACACACACUGGAAAGAGGAGGGGGGGGAUCUCUUCCAGGACUCAGAAUCAGAUGAAGUGGAGGAAAAAGUAGAAGAUGUUAGUCCAGAACAGACUGUGGAGGAUGAUGGGAAUACAAAGCAUAAAGGAGAGGCAGAAGAGUCAUCAACAUUGGAUAAAGCCUCUCUCUCACCACAGGAAAGCUCUGAGGAGGUCAGCGAUGUGGCCACUUGCAGCAAACGUCGUGUCACUGAAGAAGACCUGGUGAAGGACGACCUCAAGAAAAGCAGAGUGGAAGAUGAGGAAGGGAAAAACGCUGAGGUGGCAGAGGAAGGAGCGGCUCAAGCCUCCAAAUCUGAAGAAGUAAAAACUGAGGUGGAAGAGGAGGGGAAGGAGGGAGAGUCAGCAGAGAAGGAAUUUCUUCUUGACGUAAGCCCUCCACCGCAAGCACCUUUCGACCACCGCAUUGUGACUCCCAAACCCCACCAGAUAUCCUCCUAUUACACCAUCAACAGAGACGAGGUCCUUGGAGGGGGACGUUUUGGGCAAGUCCACAAGUGCAUAGAGAACUCGUCUAAUCUGAUGUUGGCUGCCAAGAUCAUUAAAGCCAGGAGCCAGAAAGAAAAGGACCUGGUGAGGAAUGAGAUCCAGGUGAUGAACCAGCUGAACCACCCCAACCUCAUCCAGCUGUACGCCGCCUUCGAGUCGCGCCAUGACAUCAUCCUGGUGAUGGAAUAUGUGGAGGGAGGGGAACUGUUUGACCGCAUCAUCGAUGAGAACUACAACCUGACAGAGCUGGACACAGUGCUGUUCAUACGCCAGAUCUGUGAAGGCCUGCAGUACAUGCACAAGAUGUACAUCCUGCAUCUUGACCUCAAGCCAGAAAACAUUCUUUGUGUCAGCAGAGCUACUAACAAGAUUAAAAUCAUUGACUUUGGCCUGGCCAGGAGAUAUAAGCCCAGAGAGAAGCUGAGGGUCAACUUUGGAACACCUGAGUUUUUAGCUCCUGAAGUCAUCAACUAUGAGUUUGUUUCAUUCCCAACAGACAUGUGGAGCCUGGGCGUGAUUGCGUACAUGCUGCUCAGUGGGCUGUCUCCGUUUCUGGGAGACGACGACAACGAGACGCUGAACAACAUCCUGGCCUGUCAGUGGAACUUUGAGGAGGAGGAGUUCAAGGACAUCUCCGACGAAGCAAAAGACUUCAUCACACUUCUGCUGGUGAAGAGCAAGAGCUGGAGGAUGAGCGCAGCGGAGUCCCUCAGACACCCCUGGCUGUCAGACAGAAGUCUGCACUAUCGACUAGAUCAGAAGAAAAAUAAGUGCCACUCCACACACGCCCCUUCUCCAGAGAACCAGACAGAAACACUGUGAGGCCCUCAGCAUGCCUUGUAGAGCCCUGGAGCUCAACACUGGACCAAUGCUGCUGUACCUGUAUGGCAACUGGAUUACUACUCUCACAUCCUUCUGUCAGCUUAGCUUAGUUUAGCUUCAUUAGCUCUGAUCUGAAAAGUGUGAGGCCCACAAGAGAAAAAGUUGACUUCUUUUAAUGCUGCCAUUGAGGCACCAACCAUCUGCUUGCAUGCUUACUGUCCUGUAGAGCACCAACCUUCAGACUGACUCGGUGGUGUGUAGAACGACCCAUAUUGCAAUGGUGAAUCCAUAAUAUUAUACACAAAGGUCCUGAACAACUGUCACUUCUACAACUUCCACAUCCACUGCAGUUGGAAAAGGUGAAGAAACACUGAAGAAAAGUAACUUAGCAUCAAACAAGUUGUUCUCUCUCUGACAAUGUCCUGGUUUGUUGCAUGCUUUGCACCUUUUGGCCUACUUCUUCAAGGUUUAGCAAACAUUUUAAAAUAAAAUAUAGACUGAAUUCUUAAAUAUAUUUUUGUGAAUACAGAUUUUUUUCUUUUCAUUUACAAGUCUUAUUGAAAUGUGUUUAUUUCUUGAACAUAAGGUAGAAGUAGAACUUGGUCGAAGUUGAAGUCACACCACGUUAAUUUAUUAUGUAUAUAUCACAACACUACAUCCAUCCUCUCAUUUCCCUGGAAAGUGAAGACAUCUCAAUGACUGAAUACCUUCGGUUUGGAGCCAUAUUCAGACUGCAUUUCUGGUACAUUUUCACUGUAGACUUGAUUGCUUUCUUUAUGCGUUCAUGCCACUAGCUUGCCUUUGCUUCGGCAGUUUGGAGUAGCCCUCUCACCUUCCAUGAAGGCACAACGGACAACAGAAUACUACCUAUGAAUGAUUUGUGUUUAUGACUGAAGUGGAUUCUUAUGUUCAUUUAUUUACUGGUUCAAACGCCAGACUGUACUUGAGGUGCAAAGCUUUUCUUUUCAAGAUGGGGUUUCUUUACAGGGAAGAAAAACAGGAUUUCACCUAGUUCUGCACAUGUAUGCUCUGAAUGUGUAAAUGCACACUUCAGCUUGACGGACAGCCAACAACAGAGAGGACACCAGUCUGUAUUUUAUUGUCCUUUUAUUUCUAAUACAUGGGAAGU